AUGAAAGCCCUGAUAGCUUUCUUAGUAGUCGAGAUCUUCGCUUUGGUCGGGUUUGCUGCCCCUACCUCCAGCCCCGGAAGCACUCUCGCGGCCGGGUUGCUUGUUGAAACAUCGUCAGGGCAUAUACAAGGCUUCGUCAACCUUACUGCGCCCGAUGUUCGACAGUUUCUGGGUGUCCCUUUCGCUGAGCCCCCAGUGGGAGAUCUUCGAUUCGCCAAGCCGCAGGCGAAACAACCUAAUGGGACCAUAGAUGCCUACAAGCUUCCCAAUUCUUGCAUGCAACAAUUCAAUACCAAUAGCUCUACGAUCUACACCACCUAUGAAACAGGGUUUCUGAUUAGUGGCGGAAAUUCAGAAGACUGUCUAUACCUCUCCAUCUGGGCUCCAAGAUUCGAGAAUGUCCAAUCUCAGCAGCGUCCAUUGCCUGUCCUCCUUUACAUUCCAGGAGGUGGUUUUACCAGUGGGGGGCAGGCUUCCCUGUACAAAAUUCCUGAUCAAUGGGUGCAGCGAACACAGUCGCAUAUUGUGGUUAUCAUGAAUUACCGUGUCAAUGUUUUCGGAUUUCCUAAUGCAAAGGGAUUGACCGACCAGAACGUUGGACUUUUGGAUCAAAGGAUGGCUGUCGAAUGGGUCCAUGAAAACAUUGGAAACUUCGGUGGUGACCCUAAUAGGAUCACACUUUGGGGCCAAUCAGCGGGAGCUGGAAGUGUGUCGGUGUAUCCAUACGGAUACCCUGAUGACCCCAUCGUGGCCGGUCUCAUUGCAGACUCCGGCGGCCCCGACAUUGUUGAUAAUAGUGACACUGCACAGACGAACUUCACUUUCUUGGCAGGCUUAUGCGGUUGCAAGGGACUCAACGCUGACGAUGAGAUUGAUUGUGUUCGAAAGGUCCCCUCGCAGGAUUUGGAGAAUGCACUCUCCUGGUACUCUGGCAACGGCACAAAACCGUCGAUCUCGUUCAAACCAGUAGUCGAUGGCAAGACUGUAUUUGCCAAUUGGACUCAACAAGUAGUCAAUGGCAAAAUUGCGAAGACGCCACUAAUCAUCGGCCACAACACGAACGAAGGCGCUGGUUUCGUCUCUUUCACACCCAGCGGACCAGGCCAGGCGGCCUUAGACAGUGCAACCAAAAUCAUCAGCUGUCCCGUUGCUGCAGAGGUGAAGAAUCGCAAUUCGGGAAAUCUGCCUACUUACCAGUAUGAGUAUGCGGGCAACUUUUCCAAUGUCUCGCCUCUGUCAUGGUUCGGCGCUUAUCAUAGCUCUGAGCUUCCCUUAAUCUUUGGAACCCACUUUCAAUAUGGUGGGCCUUCCACGAGCUUCGAGUGGGAUGUGAGCUAUGCCAUGGAGGCCCUUUGGCUGAGCUUCGCGGAGAAUCCGACGCGAGGCCCUACUAGGCUUGCACUUGGAGAUGUCGCCAUAAAUCCAGGCAACAAAAGCUAUUUUGCUUGGCCUCAAUUCCACCAAGGCUCCUCGAAUAUGCUCGUAUUUGCCCAAAAUGGGAAGGUCAUGCAACUCGUGUCUCCAAACAAUACUGAUGAUGGUUGCUAA